AUGGUUUCUUGGGCCUACUUGAAGUCGCAGAUGCGAGGCACGAAGUUGUUAUUCAACUUCCUCUUCCAUGGCUUCCACGUUGGGCUUUUCGUCUUAGGAUGGAAGAAACAACAGGAUGAUCCAAGACUUGCGGGUCUGAAUACUCUUACCUUCUCAGUCUGGAUAUCGCGAGGCGCAGGAUUGGCCUUGUCAGUAGACGGCGCCAUGAUCUUGCUGCCUAUGUGCCGAAAUCUCCUGAGAUAUAUACGACCAAAGGUCAAGUUCCUGCCGCUCGAUGAAUCGCAAUGGUUCCAUCGACAAGUGGCUUACUCGAUGCUGUUCUGGACCAUUGCCCACGUUUCUGCGCACUACGUCAACUUCUUCAAUGUUGAGAGGACUCAGAUUCGAAAGGUCACGGCUAUCCAGAUCCAUUACACCGAAGCAGGUGGAAUUACUGGCCACAUUAUGCUGUUAUGCAUGCUGCUGAUGUACACAACCGCUCAUGCCAAGAUCCGCCAGCAAUCCUUCGAGACUUUCUGGUAUACGCAUCACCUUUUCAUUCCUUUCUUGCUAGGACUAUAUACUCAUGCUACCGGGUGCUUCGUGCGUGACACUACUGACCCCUUCUCUCCAUUCGCCGGAAGCAACUUCUGGAACCACUGUCUCGGAUAUGAAGGUUGGCGAUGGGAGCUAUGGGGCGGUGGAAUCUACCUCAUCGAACGUCUAUAUAGGGAGAUCCGAUCUCGAAGAGACACCAAAAUCGUCCGAGUUGUGCGCCAUCCGUAUGAUGCCAUGGAGAUCCAGUUCAGCAAACCAUCUAUGAAGUACAAAGCAGGACAAUGGUUAUUCCUCAAUGUUCCCUCAGUGUCCAGGCAACAGUGGCAUCCAUUUACCAUCACGUCUUGCCCGUUCGACCCCUACAUCUCCGUUCACGUCAGACAGGUCGGUGAUUUCACACGUGCCCUUGGUGAUGCCCUUGGAGCAGGUAGCGCCCAGUCCAAGCUCUACGACGACGUUGAUCCCAUGGGCAUGUACGAAGUUGCGCUACAAAACGGACAACAGAUGCCCGAGCUUCGGAUUGAUGGACCAUACGGAGCACCAGCAGAAGACGUAUUUGACAAUGAGAUUGCCGUGCUCAUCGGGACUGGUAUCGGUGUCACGCCCUGGGCCGCCAUCCUCAAGAACAUCUGGCAUUUGCGUCAGGGACCCAACCCGCCGAAACGUCUCCGCCGAGUUGAAUUCAUCUGGGUCUGCAAGGACACCUCCUCCUUCGAAUGGUUCCAAGUCCUCCUCUCCUCUCUCGAGGCCCAAAGCCAAGAAGCUGCCACCAGACCGGGCAACAAAGGCCAGGAAUUCUUGCGUAUCCACACCUAUCUGACGCAGAAGAUGGAUGCCGACACCGCGCAAAACAUCGUCCUCAACAGCGUCGGCGCCGCCACCGAUCCCCUGACCGAGCUGAAGUCCCGAACUAAUUUCGGCCGUCCAGAUUUCACAAGAUUGUUCACUGGCUUGAGGGAAGGUAUCCUAGAGGGUUCGUAUCUCAGCGGUUUGGAAGGCGACAUGAGGACGAAUGUCGGUGUUUACUUCUGUGGACCCAACGUCGCAGCCAGAGAUAUCAAGAAGGCGUGCAAGGCGGCUACGACUCGCGAUGUCAACUUCUCGUUCUGGAAGGAACAUUUCUAG